AUGUAUGAAAUUAAGGAUCGCGACAACUGUAUUGUACUUAAAAUUGACACUCAAAUGACGACUGUAAACGAUUGUUCUCCGUUUGGUUUUCAUUUCGAACUCGAUAAGAAGAGAUAUAAAGAGCGAAAGAAAGAAAUAAGGCGUCAAAAAAUAACUCAGUGGUUUUCAUGGCUAGCCUAUUAUCAUCACAAAUUUGGAAUUCGACAUAUAUUCCUUGUAUUAUUACUAGUUGUUUUUGUUUUUAUCGGUGGUGCUAUUUUUUAUCGACUCGAAUCUCCUAAUGAAAUUGUUAAUCUCGAGGAGACAAUCGUUCUGAUGCAGGGCAUCAUUGCCGAAACGACCGUGGAUGUCAUUAAUAUCACAUUAUCAUAUAAUGGCACGACGAGAGACGAAAAACUCGCUAAAUUGUUGAAGACAUACUACAAAACAAUGUUGGAAGCGGAAGACCGUUUUCGUGGCAGUGUCUGGCACAAAGCGGAAAAUCUAGAUCUUCAUUUAAUGUGGUACUACUCAAGCGCAACUUUUUACGCUAUGACGCUGUUUACAACAAUUGGUUACGGCACUAUUGUAUGCCAAACCGUUUGGGGCCGUGUAUUGUCGGUGGUUUAUGCUUGUAUGGGGAUUCCUCUGAUGCUAGUAGUGCUUGGCGACAUUGGUGAAUGGUUCCAAAAGGUUCUCACCAAGACCUAUGUAUAUUUGCUGAUCAGAUGGAAGUUAUUCAGAACUUUUCGCAAGAAAACGCUUACUACACCGUUGGACGAGAUUUUCCUACCAAUGUGGAUAGCACUUCCGCUUGUGUUAGUAUACAUUAUCACUUGCACCAUGAUUAUUCACUGGUUCGACCACAACGAGGGGAACAAGCCGGGUAUCGACUUUCCUGAUGCCUUUUACUUCACUUUUAUUAGUUUAACAACGAUAGGUCUUGGUGAUGUGAUGCCGUACAACAUACAGAUCGCUCUUCAGUACUCUCCAUUUUUGGCGGCAGCGUUUCUGCUUGGUUUGGCAUUGAUCAGUAUCGUAAACACGAGUAUCUACGCUCAGCUUUAUGAUAUGUUCUUCGAUUUCGUUGAGCGAGUCGAGAAAUAUCUGGAAAGGAUCCAUAUCGAGCAUUUCCGUGGUCAUGGGUACCUUGUUUUUCAGGAUAUGGAGCCAGUAUUUCGGAUGCUUGUAUGCUCGUUUCCUCAUAUCGACCGAGGUGUCAAAGAUGAACUGUUGGGCUCUAUACGGGCCAGCUUCCGUACGCCGAAAAAGCAGAAGAAAACUGUUCGGGUGGGUGUUACGGGGAUUCUUCAUAUGGGCAAGUAUCAUAAAAGCACUGUUGCAGUGAUAGUUAACAAAGCGAACAGUUAG